AUGGUUUUUGGUCAACUUGUACGAAAUGAUCAUGAUUUCUGGUUAAAAAUUCAUCAACAGUCCAUUAAUAAAACAAUCAUUGAUGAAGAAGAUUUACCUGAAUCACUUGCCGAUGAUUUUAAUUUAAAUGAUCAUUCAGUGCGUAUUAACAUUCAUUGUUUACUAGUCACAAAUAUACAUUUAUAUUCUUUUUCAAAGUUAAUUGAUAAUAAUUCUGAAAAUGCUGAUGCUUGUUCACCGAUUCCAAUAUUAUCAUCGAAUACAUACGUGCUUCAAAAUGAUAAUAAUGAUACUCAAACAUCACACAAAUGA